AUGAACUACGAGAACUACGACCCUUCUUUUCCUGACCAACAUGUGGUCGACCUUUACCUCCCAAUAUGGGCCAACCUCCCCGCUUUCCGGUCCAAACCCGCUUUUAUUUGGGUUGAAGAUGACUCACCUGAUGGUACUCCUCCAACGACAUCGCUUCUCACUUAUUUUCAACUCAAUAACUCUGUUCAGUCAAUCUCCUCCCAACUCCUCGUUCCAUUACAAAGAGGCGAAACUGUCGUCGUUUUAUGCUCGCCAGGACUCGAACUCGUGGAAUUCAUAUUCGGUUGCCAAAGAGCUGGCCUUUUAACCGUACCCAUUUCCCCACCAGACCCUACUUCAUUCCCCAAAGAAAACUGCCACCACCUUAUACGAGUCUUGUCUCAAACCAAACCUAAAGCCGCAAUAGCUCACCAAACUUAUAUCACUAAAGUCCACAACUUCAUCUCCUCUUCCACUUCUAAACUUGCAAGCUUGUUAAAAAACCUAACGUGGAUCUCAACCAAAGAUGUCAAGCGCUCCAAAAUGACUUCUUUGAAGUUUGAUUCUUUGACGUAUCAGGGGUGUAAUGCGGAAGAGGUAUAUUUGGUUCAGUACACUUCAGGUACGACUGGGAUACCAAAACCGGUUCUGGUCACGGCUGGUUCGGCUGCUCACAACGUUAGGACAGCUAGAAGAGCUUAUGAUCUUCACCCCAACAGUGUCAUCGUGUCGUGGCUGCCUCAGUACCAUGAUUGCGGUCUUAUGUUUUUGUUGUUAACAAUAGUCUCGGGAGCGACUUGCGUUUUAACCUCGCCUAUGUCAUUUGUAAAAAGGCCAAAGUUUUGGCUAGAUCUUAUCUAUCGUUUCAACGCUUCUUGCACUCCAGUUCCAUCGUUCGCUUUGCCACUUGUCAUCAAGCGUGGAAAUGUAGAAGAAGGUCGAACCUCUUCAACCAUUAACCUAAGGAGCUUGAGAAACUUAAUCAUCAUAAACGAGCCAAUUUACAAGUCAACCGUAGAAGAGUUUGUUAACAUGUUUAGGCCUUUUGGUUUAAACCCUUCUUCUAUUUCUCCAUCUUAUGGCUUAGCCGAGAAUUGCACCUUUGUAUCAACUUCAUGGGAACCGUCAUCAUCAUCCGGUCAUCACGAUUAUCAAAAGGCUCCAUCUUUCCCCAACUAUCCAACUCACAACAAGCUCUUGCCAAGCGCAAAACUUGCUCCUCUCGGAAAAUCCAAUGAUGAACUCCAAGACAUGGAAAUUGUAAUUGUAAAUGAAGAAACGUUGGAGCCAGUUGAGGACGGAACCGAAGGAGAAAUUCUUGUAUCUUCACCGAGCAACGCCUCCGGCUACCUUGGGCACCCGUCCUUAACACAUGAGGUGUUUCAUGGGAGACUAAGCAAUAGGGUAGGCAGGUGUUUUGUUAGAACCGGCGAUAGAGGCAUUGUCAAAGGGAAAGAGAGGUUUCUCUUCGUUACCGGUCGAUGUCUUGAUGUUAUCAAAUUAAGAAAUGGCAAGGAAAUUCAUCCACAUCAUAUCGAAACUUCGGCUUACAAAACUUGUUCUAAGUUUCUUAGAGGAGGCUGCCUAGCUGCUUUUAAAGUUGGAGAGGUGAUAGCUCUCGUGGGAGAGGUUAUAAUAAGGUUAAGUGAUGAAAGGGAGAAUAGUCGUGUUUUGAUGAGAAUAUGUGAAGGACUGAGAGAAGGUGUAAUGAAAGUUAAUGAGGGAAUUGAAGUUGGUUUAGUGGUAUUAGUGAAGAGUGGAUGCGUACCUAAAACUACUUCGGGAAAAGUACAAAGGUGGGCGACUAAGCAAAAACUCAUUGGGGGAGGAAUGAGCGUGGUGAUGGAGAUGUCGUUUGGUGGGGAAGGAAAUAGAGGAGUAUUGGAGGGAAAGGAAAUUGUUAAGGAAAGUUGGGAGGAAGCUUUUGAUCUCUCCUUGUCAAGUCCUUCAAAUCGUCUAUUGUUGAUGUCUUUUUUGUGA